CUGUGGACUAGUUGUUGGAGACUGGACCCAUUCUCUUCUCUCUCUCCUCUCCUCUCCAUUUGUUUGCUUACCUUCCCAAUCUCUUCCUUCUCCUGUAUCGAAUUCCCAAAUCCAAUCUCCUUGUUAAGCGCGCGCUCUCUCUCUCUCUCUCUCUGCUCCGGGGGGUCGACCGGUCGAGACUGGAGAAGGUGCCCGGGAUGGGAUCAAGGACGGGGUGGCUCCCCGUGGCCCUCCUGCUGGUGGCCGCCUCCGUCCUCUCGCCGCAGGCCGCCGCCGCAGCCGCUUCCUCCGGCGAGGCCGAACAAGCCGUUCAGCAGCACAGCGAGCGCAUCUCAGGAAGUGCUGGUGAUGUGUUAGAAGAUAAUCCUGUGGGGAGGUUGAAGGUCUUCAUCUAUGACUUGCCGAGAAAGUACAACAAGAAGAUGGUCACCAAGGAUCCACGGUGCCUCAAUCACAUGUUUGCUGCAGAAAUUUUCAUGCAUCGUUUCUUGCUAUCAAGUGCUGUGCGGACACUAAAUCCCAAGGAGGCCGAUUGGUUCUAUACACCAGUUUAUACUACUUGCGAUUUAACUCCCGCUGGAUUGCCCUUGCCAUUCAAGUCACCACGGGUGAUGAGGAGUGCAAUCCAGUAUAUUUCAAACAAAUGGCCCUUCUGGAAUAGGACUGAUGGAGCAGAUCACUUCUUUGUUGUCCCGCAUGAUUUUGCAGCAUGCUUUCACUAUCAGGAAGAAAAAGCUAUUGAGCGUGGAAUUCUUCCAUUGUUGCGACUUGCUACAUUGGUCCAAACUUUUGGACAGGAGAAUCAUGUUUGCCUGAAGGAGGGCUCUAUCAUUAUACCACCUUAUGCUCCUCCGCAGAAAAUGCAAGCUCACUUGAUUUCCCCUGACACUCCACGCUCAAUCUUUGUUUACUUCAGGGGACUUUUCUAUGACACUGGGAAUGACCCUGAGGGCGGGUACUAUGCACGAGGUGCGCGAGCUUCCCUAUGGGAGAACUUCAAGAGCAACCCUCUAUUUGACAUUUCCACAGAUCACCCUGCAACUUACUACGAAGAUAUGCAGCGUGCUGUCUUCUGCCUAUGCCCAUUGGGCUGGGCACCAUGGAGCCCUAGGUUGGUUGAGGCUGUGGUCUUUGGCUGCAUUCCAGUCAUCAUAGCUGAUGAUAUUGUGCUACCAUUUGCGGAUGCAAUCCCAUGGGAGGAAAUUGGUGUCUUUGUCGAGGAGAAGGAUGUACCAAAGCUAGACACAAUCCUCACAUCAAUGCCUAUCGAUGACAUUUUAAGAAAGCAAAGGUUACUUGCAAAUCCAUCAAUGAAGCAGGCCAUGUUGUUCCCGCAGCCAGCUCAACCAAGGGACGCAUUCCACCAAAUCUUGAAUGGCCUUGCUCGCAAGCUCCCACACCCUGAGGGUGUAUACUUACAACCUGGCGAUAAGCGUCUCAACUGGACUGCUGGACCUGUGGGAGAUCUGAAACCUUGGUAGCGAAUUUGCCAUGGAAACCCCAUAGGAUUAGUCUAUAGUUCAUGAAAUGUGAUGUAAUCGAAAUGUUGUGCUUUAGGUGCAAAAUACACCUUGGCCUUUUCUAGUCCUUAUGAACAUCAUGUAACUUGGUAACUUUUGAGAGAAAUGAAAUGAUAUUAAUCUUGCUAUCAGAA